AUGCAACCUAUUAGCCUUCCAAAUUUCAAUAGCGACGUGAGAACCAUUCGGGCUUGUGUUGCCCGCUGCACAAGGUCGAGGUUUGUCCAUCACGCGAGCUCAUUUAGCUACAAGAGGAUGCUGCCAUUUCUUAAGGAGAAUGAAAUCUCUUCCCAGGGGGAAGAUAGGGCUAAGAUUCGUAGAGUGUCAGAAGAGGAACAUAUAGCAUCAGAAGGCUCUCCUGAAGAACUUGACGGAGCUCAAAUUCAGUGCGCCGUGCCGCAAGUUUCUCUGGAUGGCAGCAGUGCAGCUGAGGUUCAGGAAGUCACACGAGAAGUGUUAGCUUCAGUUGGAGACCUGGUUGCUGCCAGGAACGCUGUCAUGGCCACUGGACAACCUCAGCUUACUGUUUCAGAAGAUUCUCCUGAAAAAAGAGAUGUAGCUGAAGCUGAAACAACAGUAGAAGAAAAGGAGGCGUUGAAAUCAGAUGACAAGUCUGUUAAGAUGGAUUAUGCAGAGCCGCUUGCUGUCAAGCCUGGAGGAGACCAGGAGAUGAAGGAGCUCUGCGACAGUGUCAAAGAGCAAACCAAGGUCGUACCUGGUGAUCUCGCAAGCAGCAAGCCUUGUCUUGCUCGCUGCACGAGGUCAAGGUUCGUUCCUCAUCCGAGCUCAUUCAGCUACAAGAGGAUGCUGCCAUUUCUCAUGGAGAAUGAUAUCUCCUCUCAGGAAGGAAACAGGGCCAGGCUUCAGAGAGUUCCAGAAGAGAAACAAUUGGCAUUGGAUGCGAGCGAUGAUGUCUUGGACUGUAUAGCUGAAUCGCAGAAAGUCACACCAGAAGUAUUGUCAUCUUCAGAUAGACACUGCCAGGUUGCUGUCUUGGAAGAUUUUCCUGUGGAAAGCAAUGCGGCUGAAGUUGAAGGAAUUGCAGUAGAAGAAAACAUUACAAAGUCAGACGGAGAUGAGGCAAGUGGACUAACUUCCGGCAAGGGUGACUCCAAGUUGUUACAAGACAAGACUGAACUUGCUAAAGUACAACAAUGCCAGAGCUCGGAGUCUAGGUGUCCUGAUAUUGGUUUGGGUAGCCCUACCAAGGCAGUAACAGAGGACGAUGGAGCUGAUCAACAUGGUGCACAAGAGAGACAUUAUUCUGUGGCUUCUCCGGAUGGCCUAUUGCUUGAUCUGGGAAUGAUCUGCAAGCCUUCUCACGCUGGCAUCUCUUGCUUGAAGAAACAAGUUCUGUCUCCGAAGAAGCUUUCUCCAAAGAAAGGGAUACUUAAGAGGCAUACAAGCUGGGGGUGCAAGGGCAUCUGCAUGUGUCUUGACUGCUCCGUGUUCCGGUUGCGUGCUGAUCGAGCUUUUGAGUUCUCCAGGAAACAGAUGCAGGAGGCGGAUGAUGUAAUCGGGAACCUACUGGAGGAGGUGGCGAUCCUGCGUAGUCUGGCGGAAAAACCUUCUGGCAAAGAGCAGAUCAAAGAGGCUUGCCAGAGGGCAUCGUGGGUGGAGGAGGUUGCCAGGGACCGCCGGCGGCAGAUGCUGGAGGAACUCAACUCACACUGCAAAAUUCCCGGGCCAAGGGUGAAGUUUGCGCAGUAUGUCGACGAGAAGAUUGGCUUGGUGCCUCACAGUGGCAGUAACUGCAGGAGGCAGCCUCCCUUGUGAAGGAUGGAGGUGACAGA